CAGUUUGCAUACAGUUUGCACUUUGCAUACAUAAUAUCUUAGAUUCAAUUUGUGUAGUUAAAGGAUCUCUAUGAAAGACCACUGCCUGAAACUCUGGGCAACUAUUGCUAAUUAUAGCAAAUUAUAUUGGGCUAAAUAUGGACCUGGUUGUCUGACUGAGCAUAAGGGAGUUCCAUAUAGAGUACCUCCUUUGUGAAUAAUGCUCUCAGAUCUCUGAUUAAUUAGAAUGUUAAACAAUUUCCUACAGAAAAUAUUGGAACUUCAUGGAAAAAAUAAUCUUAUGAAUCUUCAGUUAGAUAAAACAAACAGGUUACUGACAAUAAGCCAAUCAAACGAAGAGUCGGUUAAAGAAGAACAUGCCACACUCCAGAAUGUGAUUAAGGGGCUACAACAAAGUGUAGAAAACCAGUAUAAUUUGAGAGAUGAAAAUAAGAGACUGAAGAACACAGUCCAUAUUUUAGAAGAGAAACUGAAGUCCCACGAACAGGAACAUAAAAAUAUGGUUGAUCAUUUCACAAGAGAAAUCAAAAGCAAGGAGGAGGAACACAAGCUUGAACAAAGAAAGUUGCACUAUGACCUGAACAAAAAAUUUGAAACAAUGGAGAAAGAGCACAAGCUGCUAAUAGAAAAGAAAGGUGUGGAGAUUUUAGAAUUAACUAAACAACUUCAAGCUCAAGAAAAGGAAAAACAGAAUGAGAUAAUCAAAUUGCAAAUUGAGUUCAAUACAAAAUUGACAAGGCUUCAGACACACACACCCAAAUCUUAUCCAAAUCCCACUUCGCUGCCUCAAAACAUUUACAGAAGGAAGCUUCAACAUCUUCAAGAAGAGAAGAACAAGGAAAUUGAAGUUCUCCGCAAUACUAUCAGAGAUCUAGAACAGAGGCUUGGCAAAGGUCAUGAUUCCCAUUUCACACGGCGACAGUUUUGAGAAUUACAUGAAAACACAAUUACAUUAUUUGGGAAGUGUAAUUGACAAGUGUCACACAGGAUUGACAGCCUUUUUUGAUUUAUUAAAAACUUGCUUAUCCAUUGUCCACAAAUAUACUUUCCAGUUAUAUUCGUAACUACUUUCAGGCUUAACAAGCGUUCACCAUAAAAUAAUUCAGGUUUGUAGGAGAGUUGAGUUUCCCUAUUAAACCAUCAUGAACUAUAGCAAGCACAAUCUAAGCAGUUUCUCACUGUUGAACAUUUUCUUUCAUCCCAACAGCCUUCACACGCACAACACAAAAAUUCAUUUCAGAAGGACGAAGCGUUAACAAAAACAUACUACUUAAUUACGUAAAGAGAAACACUAUAAAAGCUUCAUUAAUCAGUUAUAAAAGUUACUAAUCCAAGAAGUCACAAGUCAAUAGGAACUGAGGGAUGGAUAAAAUAGAUUAACAGAUGCUUUUGACCCUAAUCCUUUAAUGGAAUUUACUAGUUCUUGUUCCAUUUUAUCACACCUUCACCUCACCCCCAAUUCCUAAUGGCUGUGAACCUUAGAUUCAGUGGGACUUUGAGUGUAAGCCAUUUCAGAAACACAGAAUUCAGAUGCACAGAUACAGGGGUCUAUCCUUCUUGCUACAGGAAGUUAAAUGUGUAUGUACAAAAUCUAUUACUUCGGUGUUAGGAAUCUGGCAAAUCCCUUUGUGGAUGAAAAUACAUUGUUUGGAAUAUUUGCCAACAUGCACCAACUUCUACAAUACAGUUGGAUCAUUACGUGGCUCUAAAGUUUUGAAAGAAAAAAGCUCAUUUUCAUAUAUUUUCUUGGUCUUCAAAAUCCCCAGAGGAUUUUGUUAAAAAAAGAGCAGUUAACACAUCUUUUCUUAUCCUCCUCUGUUCUUGGUUGCUAUAUAUCAAACAGGAGCCCCUAGGUUAUAGUUUCUGCUUCUGUCUUCAUGAACGCAAACAGAAUGGUAGAAGAGAAAACCAGAAAGAUGAGCUAAUAAACAUUGCAAACACUUUAAACUGGCACUGAAAAACAAAAAUCCAUACCAUUAUGACAGUUUCAUUGUGUGUUUUUUAAAGUAAAGUCAGCUGACCCAGACAACUCAGUACAACACCAAUUAAGCAAUAACACUUGACUACACAGAUCAACACAUGUAGCUUACUGAAACUCAAGUACUCUGGCUUAAUUGGUUCAUAGACUGAACUGCAUAAGUAGCUUUCUUUUGAAUAUAACCAUAAUGGUACUGACUAGAAGAUCGCUGUUGUUAGUAGUCACUCAAUGCAUUUUAACUCUGUUUUGCUGUUGUCAGCAAGUGCUUCCAAUCAGCUUGGGAAAAUCUGAUGAUAAUAAUGUCUGCAUGAUCAUGGAAUGCAUUUUAAAUUGAGGACUCUCUUCCUUAGUGUUUAAGAUGUUUAGUUUGUUUUUCAGGCUCAGUUUGCCACCCUUCCUGCUCACUGUCAGGCAUCUGAAGUUUCAAGCUCGCCUGCUGCUUCUGACUGUCAAGCAGCUGUUGGCAGUCGUCACUGGCAAGA